UUUUGUGGCAAGUGCAUUUAGUGUUAUUUCUACAGCACAGGGUACUGGAAAGUGCAGAUGUUUUUUCUGCUGCUGAUGGUGUCUUGCAGGCAACACUAAGAUUGCCCCUUUCCCCCCCUUCCCUCACCUCGUUUCACCCAACACCUCCUGAAUGUUGGACCUGCCCAUUCUGGCCUCCCCAGACAUGGCUGACAGCUGGUUGAACCUACAGUCAGAAGAAGAAAGAGGACAGGAGAGCAGCAUGGGGGACUCUGCCAACCUGGAUGACAGCCUGACUAGCCUACAGUGGCUGCAAGAGUUUUCCAUCAUCAAUGCCAACAUGGGCAAGUCUUCCUCUUCUCCAAGCAGCUCGGACCCUCAUGGCUACCACAAGAUCCCUGGCUCUGCUGCUCCUUGUUCCCCCUUGGCCGCUGACCCAGCUUGCAUUGGGAUGCCCCACACUCCCGGCAAACCCAUUUCAUCUUCCACCUCCAGGACUGCUCACCUGGGGAUGGGCAUACAGACCCAGCCUAUGGAAGACAUAGAUUACAAGACCAACCCUCAUGUGAAGCCACCUUACUCCUAUGCGACGCUCAUCUGCAUGGCCAUGGAAGCCAGCAAGAAAACCAAAAUCACCCUUUCAGCCAUUUACAAAUGGAUUACGGACAACUUCUGCUACUUCAGACAUGCUGACCCCACCUGGCAGAAUUCCAUCCGGCACAACCUAUCCUUGAACAAGUGCUUCAUCAAGGUGCCACGAGAGAAGGACGAACCGGGGAAAGGUGGAUUCUGGAAGAUCGACCCUCAGUACGCAGACAGGCUCAUGAAUGGGGCCUUCAAGAAGCGUAGGAUGCCCCCUGUGCAGAUCCACCCGGCCUUCACCAGCAGAGUCCAACAAGAAGCCGGGACGGCUGCUAACCAGGCAGUAUCCUCUUGGUCCAACCACAGUGUCCUGAAUGUCAACAUGGAGUCACAGCAACUGCUCAAGGAGUUUGAGGAAGUCACAAGUGACCAGAAUUGGAACCCAGCGGAUGGGAAAAUGGGCCACAAACGUAAGCAGCCAUUGCCCAAACGUAUGCACAAGACAGCUCGCCUCUCUAGCUCCCCCUUGCUCACCCAGGAGGAACAGACGGAGCUUGGCUCAUUGAAAGGUGACUUUGACUGGGAAGCUAUCUUUGAUACCACCUUGAAUGGCGACUUCUCCACUUUUGGGGAUCUGGAACUCACACCUCCUAUUAGCCCAAUAACUAGAGAUGUGGACUUGACAGUGCAUGGAAGGCACAUUGACUGUCCACAGGAAUGGUGCCCAGUUGGACAAGAUCAGGUCCUAACAGAAUCCAACCAGAACAACUUGGACUUUGAUGAAACCUUCAUGGCCACCUCUUUCCUUCAACAUCCCUGGGACGAAGAGAGAAAUGAUUACCUCUCAAAUUCGGUCAACAUGGACCAGUUGUUUGACCUCAACGACUCUUCUUUGCCAACAGACAUGAGUGACUGGAGCAGUAUGGGAUCUUUUUUAUAAGAGCCUGCUGCCAGCUAGAAGGAUCAAGUUAAACCCAGAUAGACUUUAUCUAUUAGCAAGAUACUCCCAUUGCUGCUGGAACUUACAAAGAACAAGAUCUCUAGAAACAUGUUGACUUUUAUCAGCUGCAAAGUACGAUCAGUGACAGUCACUCUAGAAGAAACCCAGAAAAUUUGGCUGGAUAUAUCUCUAAACAACAUGCCAGGAGAAGUCUCUGCCCCUUGGGUUUCUCUAAGGGAAGAAAUAAUUGCUUAUUUUGGGACUCUGUUUUUUUUAAAAAAAGAAAUGCAGAUUAUCCUACUUUUUGUGGGAAUGGAAGGAGCAUAUGUUCACUCUAGGACAAAGGAGAACAGUUGCUGAGUUUCAUGCAAGAGCUGAAAUUUCCUGGUGACUUAGAAAUUGCACAUGGUCUACAAUGUCCUUUCUCCUUCUCCAUUUGUCGCUCUCUGUUUGUUUGUUUGUUUUUUCUGUCCAGGGAUAUUCCCAGGUACAACAUGAGAUAAUUAAGUAACAAGUAAAUAAAAGUCCCUUCUGGAUUCUAUACAUUCAAUCUCCUUCCUGAAUUGGGGCUGGAGAAGAAGAUGAGAUCUGUAAAAUCAGAUGUAAAUCAGCAAGUUAGCCUCUUCAGAUGUUUAUAGUCUAUUAUAUAUAUAUAAAUAUAUCUCUAUUCAAAGAUACCUAUAUUUUUAGCACAAUCAGUAGAGUAUCUCUUUGAUGGGAUGGCAGUGGAAAUGUUUUUUUCUGUGCUGUAUAAAGACUAAUGUUAAUUGUUCUACAAAUUAAAAAUGAAGCAUGUCAAGUGUUUAUUGUAACAAAAUAUGCAAAGGAAAAUUCCUACAUUUAAAGCAAUUAAUUUCUUGAAGAAUCAAGAAAAGGAUCAAGACAGGAGAGACGGAGAAGAGACUUGACCUUCUCCAGAUUGUGCUCUUACUUAUUUGUGUAUCCUGAACUCCUGGUUUCGGAUUAUGUGCAGCUGUAUUUGCUGUAAGGCCCAGAAUUGUGUCACUGUGAACCUGCUACGUUUCUGAAUGAUGACUGACAAAACCAUGUUCUCUUCGCUGAUCAGAAACUGUGAUCCGAAAGCAUCCCCUUCAUCCGCUUGCAUGUCAGGCUCUGAACAGCCUUUGGGAUGAGCCAAGAGACAAAUCAAGCGAUAAGUGAUUAAGAACUGAGCUUUCUUCUCCCUCAGUGAAGCAGCUAUGAUCAAAUGUUGCUUUCUUUUGGAAUUGUUAUAUUGGGGGUUCCCAUGCUCACACCAGCUGUUGAUUAUUUUGUUUAUUUAAACAAAUGUGCUUGUAUGGGAUGAACAAAAAAUGAAAUCUCUGUCCAGGACUCAGUCAGGGAGCAAGAGGCCAAAGACUCUGCUUGCAACAGACGUUAGUUAUGAAUGAAAGCAGAGUUUAGAAUUCUCUUCUCUGCCUUCAAAAUGUGUCCCCUUUACUCUGCUCCCCUCCUAAGGCAAUAAUUAUUCUCAGCACUUACCACCUCCAGCCCGCUGCACAAGGUUAACCAGCUAAUUCUCACUGCACCCCUGCAAGGUAAGUAUUAUUAUCCCCAUUUUACAGAUGGGAAUGACAAGGCAGCGAUCAAUUAAUUGGUUUGACCACAUCUAGUAGCAGCACUUCACUCCCAAUCCUGUGAUCAUACUGCCUCCUAAAGGUAUGAAGGGGAUGCCAGCAGGCUAAAGGUUUCUCCAAAGCAGCUAGAAAUUAACAUGGUGUUUUCAAAUGCCUGGAAAGGCAAAGCAAGGAGAGGCAAAAUGCCUGACUCCUUUCUUAAGACUUUUAACAACCCAGGAUCAGAACCUCAGCUGGUGAAAUUUGCCAGAGCUCCCUUAACUUCAAAAGAGCUAUGCUGAUUUACCUGCUGACGAUCUGCCCCUAAUUGGUUUGCUAAUGGGAGUGUGGAAAGGUGUCUGUGAAAUAUGCAUAGGCAGCAAAGAAAUAUUAUGGUAGUUAAAAAUAAAAAAACCUCACAAAAACUUGAAUUCAAGCUCUAGAGAAUCAGAUUCUAAGCCUCUCUGUUGGUACAAGUAGUAUAGUUAAGGUUAGGUAGCAGCUAGUUAGCAGAAAUGAAGUUACUUUGGAGUGUGUUAGACUUGUUGAAAAAGUGGAAAACUAUAAACUUUUUUGUUUGUUUAGAAACUAUAGUAAGAAUAUAGGAAUCUUGAUAUGAGCAAACUAACUUAGCUGGAGUCUAAUUGUCAUUUAAAAAUAGCCUGAUUUAAUGCUGGAAAAGAAAACCCUUGUAUUAACUAAUGAAUUAACUUGCAUUCAAGGUCACAGAGGUCGGAAAUGCAAUGCAUUCCAUGUGGGUUUUCAGGUACAUAGGGCUAGCUCCUCAGCUGGUGCAAAUCAACCUAGUUCCACUGAUGUCAAUGGAGCUAUUGAGGCUUACAGCAGUAGAGGAUGCUGACCCACUGAUCUCCAUACUGGUGGCUGCUGGAGUGGAGUGGAACAAUGAGGGUAUGUCUACGCUUCAAUAAAAGAUGUGGGGCACAGCUGUGGCUGGCCCCAGUCCACUGGUUUGAGCUCAGGUUGUGGGGCUAAAUAUUGGUGGGAGCCUAGACUUUGAAACCCCAUGAGAAGGAAGGGUGGGUAGAAGCCAGAACAUACACACUGCGGUUUUUAGCCCCACAUCAAGAGCCCUGCAAGCCCAAAUCAAUGAACCUGGGUUCUGAGACUCAUUGGCAUAAGAUUAUUCCGAGGGGCCAUGGUUUACACAGGGCUCCCCUGGAUCUGGCAGACAUGCAGAGGAUACAAGCUGCCAUGGCUGCCAAAUGACUCCAGAGGUUGGUCCCCGUUUUACGGAGGACUAAUGGGAAGUAGGGUUGGAAUUUUAACAUCUCAAGUACUCAGAGAACAACCGCCAAACCGAGUGGGGGUGUCGUUGGCCAGCAUGCACUGCUGUGACAGCUGGCUGUGUUGCCCAACGGUGAGACAUAGCUGCAGACCUUCAUCUCCAUUCCAAGGCUACCUGUGCUCAGACUGGGCCUAGUCCAGUGUGGGGGUUUUAUGCUUCAUGUUUUUUGUUUUCUCCUGUUUUGGGGCCUGUUUCAUACAGAUGCUGGAAGAACUGCAAAGAUAAGUGUGCAAUUUAACCUUUUUCAUGGAAAGCUAUUUACAAUUAAAAAAACAUGGCAAA